AGAAAUCGCUAAGUUAUCAUCAUUGCAGUAGACAGUAGACAAAUUUUGCAUGCAAAUAAGAAAAAGAAAAUAAAAACUGUGAAAAUUGUUGCAAAUAGCAAGAAAAUACAUUUGAUUUUCAUUCGAUUUUUUCUUUCUUCUUCAAAAUUAUUUACUCAAUUGUGUGUUAUCGGGUGUAAAAGAAACGUUAAAAUAGAUCAACGUAAAAACAAAGAAACAAGAAAGUAGUGGGUCUGCAAUAUGAAAGCUGGAAAUCAAAGAAGGAAUCUCACCAGGAAGAAGUAUUAUUAGACAGUAGAAGAGAAGUAGAAAAUCUGCUAGGACACCCCUGUGCAGUAUCACCCUCAUCAUCGUACAAUAAUUGGCAUUUUUGUGGGUGUAAAAAAAACUAAUUAAAAUAAAAAAGAACUACAAAUUUUUGUUGGAGAACAGCAAGUGAAAAAUCUUUUGGUGGGGUGUGUUUUGUAACACUGGUAUUUUUCAUGAUCCUGUUAAAAGGAAAAACAUUUGAACUCAAAGAAAAACUCGUAUUUUUUAAAUAAUGGACACUACCAUGACGCAGCAACGAAACCGUUUACAGUCGGGUGCCACAACGACAACUAGUAGUUCAACGCCUGCCAUGAAUGUUGGACAAAAUGUUAAUGUAAACACUAGCAGUGCGGUUGGUGGUAAUAUUGGUCAAGGUCCUGCUACACUUUCAAUGAAUGCUGAACCUACGCCACCAAUAGAAGUACGCAGUACCUCUUCUUUUGCCAACCUAUUGGAUGGAUUCACUUCUCGUGUCUCAGGAGAUCGUAGUCAAAGCGCUGCCAGCACUCCUAGUUCGAGCAAUUCCAGCUUGGGUGCAAUAGGUGUUGCGGGAUCAGCGCCUGGAAUUGUACCGGGUGGAGUGGCCAGUGUUGGCUCAAUUUCAAGUUUGACCAGCAUAGGUAAUACAGCUAAUGCCUUCUACUCUUCCAUUGGUUUGGCAUUCAACUCGUUGACAUCACCAAUUACUGCGGCGGCAGCUGCAGCAUCUGCUACAACUGCGGAGGCAGCUGCGGUUGUUGUGGCAGCCGCUUCUGCCAUUUCCAACCAUUUGAGUUCACCAACGAGUACAACUCCACCACGAGAACUAGACGACGAAGACGAGGACUGUGAGGAGGAUGAUGACGAAGAUGAUGGGGAUGAUCGCAAAGAGGUGUCGCCAACAAACAAGAAAUCAUGGACUGAAAUAAAGGCUACUGUAAAUGAAAUACGAAAGCAAUUGUCUAAUUUAUCUAGUAUGGUACCAACAAAUAUACAAUUUCGUACACUGUCCGAUGGACGAGUUCGCUGUUAUUUUCUUAGUACCCCACCCAAUGCCUGGGAAACAACUCUACUCUAUACCGAUAUAAAUCUUUCCAUGGCAUCCCCUACCGUUGAUGAACUAGCAUCGCCUGAUAGUCCCAACGAUAGCGGUAGCAUACGAAUGGGUUCUCCUCCCUCAUCGAAAGCCUCUUCGCCUACUAUGACGUCCGGUAGCUUUAUGGGCAGUAGUGGAGGAUUUAUGGGUAAUUUUAAUAACAGUGGCAUUAAAAGACUUCAAUGGAACAUAGUAUUGCAGCAACCAAUGUCAAGUGUAGCAGCAUCGAUGGGUGGUGGCAAUGUUAGUGUUUGGUCGAGAGAAUUUCAAUUACUGCAAGAACGAAAACGUCUCUCGACUUGGGGAAUCACUUCCUAUGAAUUGCACAAACCAAGUGGCAAAAUUGUGUUUCCAUGUUUUAAUGAUUUGUAUCAGUGUUUUGAUACUGGUUAUAAUACUAGUCCACUCUUCCCUAUACAAUUGCGCACAUGUCCCCAAUGGGCGGCAUUGGAUCCUCAAAUAUGUCCACAAAAUUCCGAUUUAAUUGCCUACAUAAGUGGAUGCGACAUUUGGGUUACCCAUACACUCAGUGGUCAUGAGGAACGUCUAACAUUUGCCCAUGAUGGUCGACGUUCUUUUGCCGAUGAUCCUCUGAGUGCCGGUCUACCAUCGUACGUAAUGCAGGAAGAGUUUAGCCGAUAUCAGGGAUAUUGGUGGCAACCUCAUUCGGACGAUGGCAUAUAUCGUAUUGUUUAUGAAGAAGUGGAUGAAUCUGAUGUAUGCUUAUAUACCUUUCCCUCUGCUCAUUCUAUGCCGGGAGAAAUGGAAGAAUAUAGAUUUCCACGCACUGGCACAGCAAAUGCCAAAUCCAAAUUGAAAAUGGUGCAGUUUGUUUUGAAUGAAUCGUUGCAAAUUAGCGAUGUAUGUAUUAAAGAUUUGUCCUAUUCGUUAUCGGUAGUAUUGCCCUGGCUGGAGUAUAUUGUACGUGUUGGAUGGACACCGGAUUCUAAAUAUGUAUGGAUGGAAGGUAUGGAUCGUAAACAGCAACGUUUGGACUUAUUACUUAUACCUCUAGAUAACUUCUGUGAAACCUACAGUAGUUCAACAUCAUCUCCCUCAGGUUCUACGGAUCACAGUUGGAAAAGUCCUUACUGUCGAACUGUAUCGCCAUUACAGGUUUUAAAUACUCAAGUUUCCGAUACUUGGAUAAAUGUUCACGACUUAUUGCACUUUUUGGAGAUAACCGAUACGACAGUAACUUUCCUCUGGGCAUCAGAAGAGACUGGCUUUAGACACAUCUAUUUAAUAACAUCCAGUCUUUCGGCAAAAACAAUGAAUGGUUGCAAUGAAGCUUCUACAGUGCCACCCAACACCAAUGCUUUCGAUAGUAGUCAACGUUUAAAGUUUCAUGGUACAACUAAUAUGGCCGAUAACCAUGGCGAUAUUAUAGAUGCAGCAACUUUACAUCCAAGAAUUAUAAAUAAGGUGGCUCUUACAUCUGGCGAAUGGGAGGUACUCGGCCGUAACUUAUGGGUAGACAAGGAAAAUCAACUUGUUUACUUUUUAGGACUUAGAGAAACGCCACUUGAAAAACACUUGUAUGUUGUUAGUUUGCAAAGGCCAGAACACAUCAGACAAUUAACCGAGCCAGGAUACUCAUAUCUAGUAGAAUUUGAUGAGUCUUGUCAAUUAAUGCUGCAAGUUUAUUGCAAUAUUCAACGGCUGCCAUCUUGCAAAGUGAUGCGAGUGGCACAAACUUGUCAAAAUGGUGGCGUAAAUGGCAUUCAAUUGUCUCUAAUGGGUUACUUACACGAAGGUGGCAAACCUGAGCCACACUAUUGUCCACAAAUAUAUUCACCUCAACUGCCUUCGGGUGAGAUUGUAUAUGCAAUGGUUUUUAAACCGCAUAACUUUCAACUGGGUGUUAAAUAUCCUACAGUUUUGAAUGUUUACGGUGGACCGGAAGUGCAAACAGUCAAUAACACAUUUAAGGGUAAACAUCAGCUACGCAUGCAUAUGUUGGCAGCUCAAGGAUACUGUGUCGUAUGUAUAGAUUCGAGAGGUUCAAGGCAUCGUGGUAUAAAAUUCGAGGGUCACAUAAGAUGUCGCAUGGGCCAAGUGGAGUUAAAUGAUCAAGUUGACGCUUUAAGAAUUUUAGCGGAUCAAUUGGGUUACAUAGAUAUGAAUCGUGUUGGCAUACACGGUUGGUCUUAUGGAGGAUAUUUAAGUCUUAUGGGUUUGGUGCAUUAUCCCAACAUAUUUAAGGUGGCCAUAGCUGGUGCGCCAGUCACAAAUUGGGAAUAUUAUGAUACGGGCUACACGGAACGUUAUAUGGACUUGCCACAAAACAAUAAACAUGGUUACACUGCUGGUUCGGUACUCAAUUACAUACAUGCAUUUCCCGACGAGGAUAAUCGUUUAUUGCUCAUUCAUGGUCUCAUUGAUGAAAACGUACAUUUCUUUCAUACAUCCCAAUUGAUAAAUGCCUUGAAUAAAGCAAAUAAGCCCUAUACUCUACACAUAUUUCCCGACGAACGGCACUCGUUGAGAAAUCUCGAAUCUAAUAAAAACUACGAGACAAAGUUAUUAUCGUUUUUGCAAAACUUGUAAAUUUAUACUCUCUCUCCUCUAGUCUCGUUAAACGUUUGUGCAGAAAUGAAGGAGAAUGCAGAAAUCAAAUCUCCUUGUUGAAACACAGAAUUAUACAUAUAUUAUGUUUUGAGACUUUGACUUCGUUAAUUGUACAAUCGGAUACAUUUGUUGUGUUUGUUUUUAAUUGCUGCCCCUCUGCUCCUUUAUUUUCCCCUAGUACUACUGCAACAGCAACAA